AUGAACUGGAUCGGCCUCCUCGUCCUGCUGACCGUGGCCGGGCUGGCCCACAGCAUGGAGUACACCUGCAGAGGAACCUGCGGACUCCAAGCUGUGUCAUCUGUUUACCAUCCUAUGACUUAUUCCUACGGCAGCCUGGAUUAUGGCAUGACACGCGUUGUGGGUGGCGCAGAUGCUCUGCCAGGGGCCUGGCCAUGGAUCGUCAGUAUCCGGCAUCCCUGGGUACCAGGCUUGAGACAUCUGUGUGGAGGGUCUCUCAUCAGGGCAGAGUGGGUCCUCACAGCAGCCCACUGCUUCGACCAGGUCACGGAUAUCGGCAUGGUGUAUCUGGUGAUUGGGGCCACCCAAUUGAGUCAGCCAGGCCCUGGGGCACAACUGCGCCGUGUAAAGCAGGUGGUGAUACACCAGUACUACAAUCCUGCCGACUAUAGCUAUGACAUUGCUCUGCUGGAAUUGGACCAGCCUGUCCUGUGCAGCCCCUACAUCCAGCUGGCCUGUGUGCCCGAUGCCACACUGAGAUUGUCAGAGCUGCAGAACUGCUGGGUUGCUGGCUGGGGUUCCACUGCUCCAAGAGCACAGACAUCAAGUGAUCGCCUGCAGGAGGCCACAGUCCAGCUCAUCAAUCUCAAGAUCUGCAACAGCAGCCGCUGGUACGCAGGGAAAAUCCAUACCCACAAUUUGUGUGCUGGUUACCCGCAGGGCCUCAUCGACACCUGCCAGGGUGACAGUGGUGGUCCUCUCAUGUGCCAAGAGAAAAACAGUGACUACUGGUGGGUCAUUGGAUUGACCAGUUGGGGAAAAGGCUGUGCCAGAGCAAGGCGGCCUGGAGUCUACACAUCCACUCUGUACUUCUCUGACUGGAUCCUAUUCCAGAUGCGCCUGAGCCCAGAUGGAAGUCCCUCUCCAACAUCACGGGCAUGUAGUCAUUUUUUAACCACUUCAAACCCCUGGAUUCAUUAUAUUACCACCCCACAACCCCCUCUGAAGCCAUGGCCAAGAGCAACCCCCUUUCCAAAACCAAUGCCAGUACCGACAUUGGGCAAAGUUAACUCCUGCCCAUUUCCCAUCAAGAUUCUGGUGGAAUUCUUUAUUAGAGUGAAGGAACUCCUCCAACAAAUCUUUGGGCAAAACACAUCUUGA